UAUAUUUUUAUUUAAGAGGAGAUGUCACGAUAAUAUUGAUGGCCAUACUCACUAAACUCUGCCUUACAUUUAUUCAGUUACAGAUGGUUUUAUAGCUCAAAGCUGCCUCUCCACUGAUCUGACCUGUAACUUGGUCUGGCUUAGGCCCGUCCACACUAGUUCGUAUUUGAGCUGUUUUCGUUGUGGAUGCAGUGUUCGUUCACACUAAUCCGAUGGAAAAUGGCUCCAGAGACGGAAUGAUCUGGUGCCGCCAGCUCCUACAAAUUAAUCUGAGUACAGAUCUGAUCCAGGACUGUGUGGACGCCUGAAAACGCUGAUGUACGUCUAUGUGCCGGGAAGUAAUUCACCUCCAAAACGCUAAGAGGCUAGAAAAUAUGUCCAUUCAUAUAUACAGUCUGUGCGUACGACCUGCAGACGUAUAUUCUCUGAAAAGUUUAACACGAAUCAUCUCCAACACGAUAGAAAGAACAGAACAGACUCACCAUCAGCAGAACACCCCUCUGUCACAGAAAGAACACUCGUUUUUUUUUUUUUGUUCGUUUGUUUUUUUUCUUCUUGCCAGUGCAUCAGCUGUUCCACUCGUCUAAAAUGCUUAGUAAAGUUUUGGGUUCGAAAUAUGUUUCCAUUGCCAAAUCGUGGGUUCCAGCUAUGGCAGUGUGGGGCACAGCGGGAAAUGUAGCACUCAUCCACUUCACCGACUGGCGAUUUAUACUGGACUAUGUUCCUUACAUCAGUGGUAAAUUUAAAAAGGAUGAAUAAGAUGUGAAGGGUUUGGGGAACUGAAGUCAACUGCUUGAGGAUCUCUACUGUGGCACCACUGCAUCACUGAAGCCGACCAUGCAGGACACCACUGGCUUCAAUACUGAUUCUUAAUUUGUCUGAAAUUCUCUGAAAUCUGAUGUGUAUAAUCCAGAUAAUGUAAUAUGCCUUUGUUUUUGAAG